AUGGCUCGCAACAUUGCAGCGCUUUCAUACUUGCCUGAUGGGCCGACGGUGCUCAAACUCAGCCUGGACGUUACUUCCGCAGAGGAAAUUGUUCGAUCCCUUACGCAGACCAUGAAUUACUUCUGUGGUAUUGACGUGGUUAUCAACAAUGCUGGGUACGGUCUAAUGGGCGACACUGAGGCUAUCGAAGAGGCAGACGCUCGACAUCAGCUCGAAACCAACUUCUGGGGACCUGUGCAUACCACGCAGGAGGCAAUGAGGGUAUUUCGCGAAGUGAAUCCUCGCGGUCAGGGAGGAACGAUCAUUCGAAUCUCUUCUAUAAGCGCGUGA